AUGAUUCCAAACAAAAUUACUGCUGAAGAUAACCAAGACAUAUCCAAAACAUCACAUGAAACACUCCCAGAAUCAGCACAAAUUUAUUCUAAAAUGGUUUCGGAAUUUCAUCAACUUUGUGCGCAAUUAGAAAAUGAUAUGGACAAUCGACUUGAUAUUCUAUAUCAACUGCAAGAAAUUGUGACAGAAAAUGACUCAGCGAUACCAUUACAGAAACAUGAAAUCGAUAUUUUUAUGCGUUUAUACAAUGAUGAAUACGAAAAUGACCCAAAAGUUAAAAAGAAACUCUCGAUUCUUAUAGAAAGCUUGAUAUAUGGACGCGCUUAUGACUAUGUCGAUACUUUUGUUGAAUUUGGUUUAUUAGAAGUUAUGAAUUUAUUCCCAAAUUAUCAUAUGGCAAACUUUUUAUCACUUUUCUUACAUAGCUCAUUUAAAGUUGCCAAAAAUUUUGUCGAAUUGAACUGUUUGGAUAGUCUUUACGAUACAAUUGCUGAUGAUCCGAAAUAUUUACCGCAUUACAUCGAUUGCGUUGCUGGAAUUGCUAAUUACAAUGCAUUUGAAACUCAGCUAGAGAGAUUUGUUCCACUUUUAUACCUAUAUAUUAACGACGACUUUAUUAUUGAAAAUAUCGAACAUAUUGUGGGUGCUUUUAGAAUAAUGGCCGACCACUCACAGCUUUUGUUCUUCAAAAUUUACAAUGAUCCGAAAUUUCAAAUUUUGAAUCAAUUUAUUCAUUCUUCACUUGAAAAUAGUGAUAUACUCAAAGUUAUCGAUCAAUACAUUCGAUUUGUCGGCUCAAUGAUCGGUCUUGUUGGUGUUUUAGACGAAUCAACUUUAAUCAAUUUAUUUACUGAGUUAAAAUUCUUCUUAGACACAGAAGACAAGAUCUUUAUUUUAAAUGCAUGCAAAUCAUUAUCAAAAGGCGUAGUUUAUGAAAGUGAUUUUGUUAAUAUUUGUUUUAAUUUGAAUAUUUUAGAGAGAUGCAUUCAAUUACUCAAUAUUGAUGAUUGGUCGAACAGAGACAAAGCAACAAUUUACACUUUAUUAUUCAACAUUUUCUUGGCUUCGUCAAAUGAACAAAUGAAUCAACUUGUCAACGACAAUUUCAAUAUACUAAGCUUGUUUGAGAACCUAAUAUUACUGUGCAACGAAGAAAAUGAGUUUAUUUGCAUGAAAACCAUUACAAAAAUUAUUGAAAUAUAUAACUUAACCAAAAACGAACAAUUUAUGGAUGUUAUUGACCAACAGAUCUUCAUGGAUACAAUCACACAAUACACAGAGUCGAAUGAUAGCGAAAUACAACUUUUGGCAAAUCAAGCACUGGAAGACGUAGAAAGUAUUGAAUAA